AUGCUACCAGUCCUCCGGCAGACGUUGCUGCGCGCAGCAGCCCCCCGCUGGCCGCUUGCCGGCCCCGCCGCGGCUUGCAGGCUGUUCAGCCUCGGCCCCGUGCUCCACCAGCAGGCCGCCCCCGCAGACCUCGGCCCGCUCCGCCUCGCCAACGACCUCUACGCCGUCUUCCGCAUACACAACCGGCCUUACCUCGUCACCAAGGGUGACCAGGUCAUCCUGCCCUUCAAGCUGAAGCAGGCGGACGUCGGCGACGUCCUUCACCUCAACGACGUCACCACCAUCGGCUCCCGCAACUACAAGCUCGUCGACCACCCCAUAGACCCGUCGCUAUACUCGCUGCAGGCCACCGUCAUCGAGAAGACCAAACGGCCGCUGCGGGUCAGAGAGGUCACGAAGCGCCGCAACCGGCGUGUCCGUCACGCGCUCAACAAGGCUGACCUCACCAUUCUGCGCAUCUCGGAACUACGCCUGAACUAG